GUGGAGUCUCGGUUUUUCUUUCCAGUGUUGGCUGACUUGCAGCUCCUAUAAACUAGUGGCAAUUUCUGCACCCCAGCCUGCUCCCUUUCAGUUUCUGAUCUCUAAGCCCAUGUGCCAGGGGCCGCCAGAAAGGAGGUAUGUGCUGUUCGUGCUGUUCCCAGGCGACUUCACCUCUGGGCGUGGCGGAUGUCUGUGUCUCUUUCUCUAUCCCUGCUCUCCUCUCCUCGGCUGGACCUCACUAAACCUCUGGAAGGGACGCUGUCCCGAGUGCUGGGCCGUUUUCCCCUUCGGAAGGAUCCUCCCGCGAGUAUUUAUUUGUCGGGAUAAAAGCAGCCGCGCGCCAUGGACCUCACCGGGUUGCUGAAGUCUCAGUUCCUGUGCCAUCUCGUCUUCUGUUACGUGUUCAUCGCCUCGGGGCUCAUAAUAAACGCCGUCCAGCUCUUCACUCUCCUCCUCCGGCCGGUCAACAAGCAGCUCUUCAGGAAGAUCAACUGCAGACUGUCCUACUGCGUCUCCAGCCAGCUGGUGAUGUUGCUGGAGUGGUGGUCGGGCACGGAGUGCGUCAUCCACACAGACCCCCAGGCCUACCCCAAGUAUGGAAAGGAAAAUGCCAUCGUGGUUCUGAACCACAAGUUUGAGAUUGACUUUCUCUGUGGUUGGAGCCUGGCCGAACGCUUUGGGGUGUUAGGGGGCUCCAAAGUCCUGGCCAAGAAGGAGCUGGCCUACGUCCCGAUCAUUGGCUGGAUGUGGUACUUCACGGAGAUGGUCUUCUGCACGCGCAAGUGGGAGCAGGACCGCAAGACCGUCUCACAGAGCUUGCUGCGCCUCCGGGAUUACCCCGAGAAGUACUUUUUCCUGAUUCACUGUGAGGGCACUCGGUUCACGGAGAAGAAGCACCAGAUCAGCAUGCAGGUGGCCCAAGCCAAGGGGCUGCCCAGCCUCAAGUACCACCUGCUGCCUCGCACCAAAGGCUUCGCCAUCACCGUGAGGAGUUUGAGAAAUGUAGUUUCAGCUGUAUAUGACUGUACACUCAAUUUCAGAAAUAAUGAAAAUCCAACACUGUUGGGGGUCCUAAAUGGGAAGAAAUAUCACGCCGAUUUAUAUGUCAGGCGGAUCCCUCUAGAAGAAGUCCCAGAAGACGAGGACGAGUGUUCAGCCUGGCUCCACAAGCUCUACCAGGAGAAGGAUGCCUUCCAGGAGGAGUACCACAGGACGGGCACCUUCCCGGAGACAGCCAUGGUGCCCCCCCGGCGGCCCUGGACGCUCCUCAACUGGUUGUUCUGGGCCUCCCUCCUGCUCUACCCCUUCUUCCGGUUCCUCGUCAACAUGGUCAGCAGCGGGUCCUCCCUCACCCUGGCCAGCUUCGUCCUCGUCUUCUUUGUGGCUUCUAUGGGAGUUCGAUGGAUGAUUGGUGUGACCGAAAUCGACAAGGGCUCUGCCUACGGCAACAUCGACAGCAAGCAGAAACGGAGCGACUGACCCCAGACACACUAGCGCCCAGAGGGGCCCUUGGGGACUGGUGGACGCUGCCAGCCAUCCUUAGUGGGACCCGGGGACGAAGCGGGGUGAGCCCCUGCUGGGAAGGCAGGGCGUUUUGUCUCAAUGCCAGAUGGGGAGGAAGAUGUUCUUAAAUCUUUUGUCCCCCCAUAAUGCUUUAGUGGGUUUUUUCUUUACGUGUGAGCGUGUGUGUGUGUUUGUGAGAGUGUAUGCGAGUGAGUGUAAGGGAGAGGAUACAUAUAAGUGAGAAUGGUGUGCGGCUGAGUGUGAGCCUUAUUCUAUCAUCAUUCAGAGGGGAUCUGAGGCACAGGGGGAGGGCAGGGAUGGGGAACGGAGGGUUCCCCUUCAUUCUUCGGUGCUGAGUUUUCUGUACUGGAUUGCAAAAGAGUGAAAGGCGCUUUAGGUAAGAUGACUAAAUUAUGCCUCCAAAAAAACCAUUAAAGUGUUUGGCUCCCUGU